AUUAUUGCUGACUUUGCAGUUCUUCAACAGUCUUUUCCAGUUGUUCUUACAUAUAACUGGACAUGCGCGAUUUUUUAUUUUAACGUGAAGAUAUUUAAUUUUUUUUCUUAAUAUUUAGUAUUUAAUAUUUAAUCAUAUCAAUGGAUCAUCAUCGAUUGAGGUUUAUUUGUUUUUAAUGAAAAAAUAUAAUAUUGAACGUGUUGAAAAUAAAUAUUAAUUAUAAAAUAAAUUAUCGUAAUUACUGCGGCUGUGUAACUAAAAAAUUAUCGCAAAAAUAAACUCGUAAAUAAAAUUUUAAAACAAUAAUCGGUUUAUUUUAGAUAAAUAUUUUUUACAUAAAAAUUUUAAUAAGCAUAACAUUAAAAUGAAUUUCAUAACACUUCAAUCUGUUGGAAGACAUGAAGCAACGAUGGAAAAAGUUAAAACUUUGAGACCUUUAAAAAUGGGCUCUGCAGAUUUCAUACUAGAACCUAAUCCUCUUAGCAAUGAAAUGGCUGAAAAGGCUAAAAAUGAGCUGAAUGAAACCGUCGAUGUCGUCCAAAAAGGACUUGCAGAUAUGAGAGAAUUAUUAAAAGGUGAACCCGAACUUUAUGUUCCGGAUGAUGAUUAUUUCUUUGCGAAAUUUCUGAGACCAUGUAAAUGGGUUGCAAAACCUGCAUUUGAACUGAUGAAACGUUUUUAUCGUUUCCGACUAACACAUCCUCGUUAUUGUGAUAAUUUAACACCGAUGACCGAUCGUGAAAUAUUUUUAUCAGGGAUAAUCACACCACUUCCGGUUCGUAAUAAAGAGGGUGGUAGAUUAGUAUUAAUCGAAGGUGGUUAUAAAUGGAAACCGAAAGAAAUUUCACUUGAUCAAAUUUUUCGAGGAGUUAUGUUGCUUCUUGAUGCUGCGAUUGUUGAGCCUACAACUCAGGUUGGUGGAGUUCGUGUCAUUUUAGACAUGGGCGGAUUAUCUUUAACCCACGUAACAUACUUUACGCCAAGUUUUGCUAGUGCAGUACUUGAGUGGGUACAAAAAUGUCUUCCUGUCCGCUUAAAAGGUGUACACAUAGUAAAUCAACCUUUUAUUUUCAACAUGGUUUUUGCUAUUUUCAAGCCUUUUAUUAUGGAAAAAUUGCGUAAAAGAAUCCAUUUUCAUGGCACAGAUAGAGAAUCAUUGUUGAAACUGAUUGAUCGAAACGCUUUACCAACGCAAUAUGGGGGCGAUUUAAAGUUACCCUCAGAGCCAAUGGGUGAGGCUGUUUGGGAAUAUUUUUGUCAUUUCCAAAAAGAAUUUGAAGAUGCUGCUAAACUUGGUUAUUCACAGAAAAAGUAAUAUUGUUGUAAAAUAAGUCAAUUUUUUAAAUUCAUACUCAUACCAACUAUUUUUAACCCUUUACAUUCACAUUAGAGAUAAUGAGAGAUUUCAAAAUCUCACUUGAUCUCAAACAUCCAUUAGGGGUUUCAUAUUUAAGGAAUCAUCUCUUUAUAUUCUUAUGGUCAUGUUUUUCGGUAGUCAUGAAAAAAUAUACUUAAUAAUAGUAAAAUUUGUUGGCUCAAAGUUUCAACAUAUAUCCUUAAGUCAUCGUACAAUCAAGAAGUAAACUUAUUGACUUUUAACCUGUCAGCACUCCCGUUAUUAGCAUUUUGCUCACGCUCGAUUUUAAACAUGAAUAACUUUUUUUUUUUCAAAUGGAACGAAUAGUUGAAAUUUUUUCUUUGAAUAGUUUUAUCUAUUUUCAGAUUCCGCUUGAAAAAAAUUUGUUUGGUUGUCAUAGAAAUUAUAAAAAAUUUUUUUUUUAUGCUCCUCGAAAAAUGUGAGCAUUUUCCUUAUCACGGGCGUAGAGACGUAAGUAAAAAAAUUUUUAUGUUCGAUUACUCUCAUGACUGCUCAUAUACCUUCGGCAGUCUGCGGUGUACGAAUUUAUUCGAUUAAAUUCGUUAAAGUUUAAAUUAAUAAACGUAAUUUACGUUUAUUAAUCGUCAAUAAAUUACAAUUAUCAUUCAUUUAUUUUUUAUUAUUCUUAUAAUACAUAAAGUAAAUAAUUUAUGAAAAAUAUUUUCUUGCUUAAAAUUUGAAAAAAUUUAUUUGGUGCCUACGCGUUAAGUGUGAGCAAAACUCUCAUCAUGGGCGUAAAGUAUACCGAAAACCUGACGGGAGUGCUGACGGGUUAAAAAACUUUCAAAGAUAGGGUACUAUUUAAAUCGGAAAAUCGUUGUAAAUAGACUACAAUUUUUAAAAUCGGGAGCAAUAUCGGAGUGCAUUCACUCUGAAUCCACUCCAGAUUUAAUUCGCGUUCACUAUACAAUUUUUUUCACGGUGUAAUAAUAUAGAGUUCAUAGUACUAUUAACAAUGUAACAGACGAGGGUUGUUAAAAAAAAACAUCACAAAUUAUGUAAUAAAUUUUUAUUUAAUAAAUUUAAAAUUUUUUGAGCAA